AUGCAAGGCGUGCACACCUGUGCGGGGGGUGUGGCUGAGGGGAGGCGCGUGCAAGCCCACCUGGGCUCCGUGGCCCACCUGGGCUCCCAGGACCACCUGGGGCAGACCAAAGCCCACCUGGGCUCCGUGGGCAACCAAAACUUCGUGGGCAACAAGGAGCAGCCCGAGCCCGGUGCUGGCGGUGGCUCCGUGGGGCUCCCACAGCAGCACCUGGGGACUCACCUGGCGCCUGCGGCCACCCAGCAGCAGCUGGAGAUGAAGGAGCGUCAGGAAUCCGUGGCCAGCCGAGGUUCUGUGGGCGACCAGGAGCCCAACACCCACAUCCCGCUGGUUUUCAAGGUCACCCAGGGCUCGGUGGGCAACCAGAAAGCCAAGGGCAACCAAAGCCGCUCUGUAGAGGCCAAGGGCAACGAAGACCCCGUGCUGUGUUUGGACUUGAGGGUCCACCGAGCCAUGGACCACCAGAGCGGCCCCAUGGACCACCAGAACAGCCCCGUGGACCACCAGGAGGGCUUGAUGGACCACCAGGAUGGCCCCAUGGACCACCAGAGCAGCCCCAAGGACCACCAGGACGGCCCCGUGGACCACCAGGACAGCCUGACGGACCAGCAGAGCGGCCCCAAGGACCACCAGGAUGGCCCCAAGGACCACCAGAGCGCCCCCAUGGACCACCAGGACGGCCCCAACGACCACCAGGACAGCCCCAUGGACCACCAGAGCGCCCCCAUGGACCACCAGAGCGCCCCCAUGGGCUGCCCCAAGGACCACCACGAGCCCAAGGCCAAGCUCAGCCCUCCGGACCCGAGGGUCCCCCAGGACGGCGCGGCCAAGGGAGCGACCGAGCGCCACCGACCCCCCGCGCCCGGCUGGGCCAGCGCCGCCCCCCGCUCGGGUGACAAUGUCACCCGGGUGUCCCCCAAGGUGACAAUGCCAUCCCAGUGUCCCCAAGGUGACAAUGCCAUCCCGGUGUCCCCCAGGGAACCCCCGGGGGUGUCCCCCAAGCCCGGGGGGUCUCGGUGUCCCCUUGCCCACGUUCCCGGGGACAACCGCCGCCGUCACCAUGGGUGUCCCCAUCACAACGUCCCCAUGACAGCUCCUUAUCGCGACGUUCCCGUGACACCUCCAUAUUGCGACAUCCCUGUGACACCUCCAUAUUGUGACAUCCCUGUGACAAACAUCCCCGUGACACCUCCAUAUCGUGACAUCCCCGUGACUCCUCCAUAUUGCGACAUCCCUGUGACACCCCCAUGA